GGGUCCCAGCCCUGUGGGGUCCCAGCUCUUGGGGUCCCAGUUCUUGGGUUCCCAGCUCUUGGGGUCCCAGCCCCGUGGGGUCCCAGCUCUUGGGGUCCCAGCUCUUGGGGUCCCAGUCACUUGGGGUCCCAGCCCUCAGCGUCCCAGCCCCGUGGGGUCCCAGCCCCUUGGGGUCCCAGCUCCUCAUGGGUGCAGGACACCCUUGGGACCCCUCAGGCCCCACAUCCUUGGAGGGUCCUGGUGCGCAGAGGGUCCCCCCCAGACGAAGGGACCAGCAGUUCCUCCAGACCCAUCCUCAUCCCUCGCUGGUGACCGAGCACGUCCCCGACGUGCUGCCAGUCAUGUGUGCUCCCCGGGCCGGGGCGAAGCCCUGGGGACGCGGAAGUCGCUUCCUUCCCCUUUCCUCAAAUAGCUGCUAUGCAAAGGGCCCCACCAGUGCCGGGGAUGGCCAGGAGCGCGGCACUGCUCCUCUGGGCCCAAGCCCUCGGCCUCGCUGGUGCCCAGCCCAGCCAGCUCAUUCUAACCCCCCCCUGGAUGACGGUGUUCACGGAGGAGGAGGUGACGCUGAGGAGCCGUGCCGAGAGCAUCAUCUACCGGUGCCGCAGCCCCGGCGCCAGCCUCAGCCCCCCCAUCACCCUGACCUUCUCAGAAGACUGGCUGGUGCUGCAGGUGCCAGCGCAGACGCUGCUGGAGGGGGACACAUUGCGGCUGCGCUGCCGGGGCUGGAAGGACAAGGGAAUCACCCAGGUGUUGUUUUACCGCGAGUGGAAGCUGCUGGGGAGGCCGUCCCAGGGGACCGAGCUGCGCCUGCCCACCCUGCAGCUGCACCACAGCGGGCGCUACCACUGCGAGGCCACCGUGCGCCACAUCAUAGCGCAGUGGCGUAGGUCGGUGCUGGUGCCGGUGGUGGUGGAAGAGCUCUUCUCGGUGCCAGUGCUGCGCCUGGAGGGCCCGGCCGAGCCCCCCGAGGGAGCGCCCCUCACCCUGGGCUGCCUCAGCCGCCUCAGCCCCCUGCGGCCCCUCACCCGCCUCCAGCACGUCUUCUACCAGGACAAGGUGGUGGUGGGGGGCCCCCAGGACUCCCCCCAGCUCCUGCUGCCGGCCGUGGAGCUGUCCCAUUCGGGGAACUACUCCUGCGAGGUGCGGACGGAGAUGACCAGCGUGCAGAAACACAGCACCCCGGUCACCAUCACUGUGCACAGGGUCCCAGUUUCGGGGGUGUCCUUGGUGGUGCAGCCCCCUGAGGGGGAGGUGGCGGAGGGCGACCGCCUGGUGCUGGGCUGCUCGGUGGCUGCGGGGACGGGGCCCCUCUCCUUCUCCUGGCACCGGCAGGGCUCGGCCGUGCCGCUGGCCACCGGCCCCCGCUACGAGCUCCGCGCCGUGCGGCAGCGGGACGGCGGCCGCUACCACUGCAGGGCCACCAACGGCGACACCGGGGCGGACAGCCCGCCGCUGUGGGUCAGCGUGCUGGUGCCAGUGGCCGGUGUCGCCAUCGCGAUGGAGAGGAUGGAGCCAUCGGUGCCGGCGGGCGAGAGCCUCAACCCAGGCUGCUGGGUGCAGGCGGGCGAGAGCCUCAACCUGAGCUGCUUGGUGCAGGCGGGCGAGAGCUUCAACCCGAGCUGCUCAGUGCCGGCGGGCGAGAGCCUCAACCUGAGCUGCUCGGUGCCGGCGGGCGAGAGCCUCAACCUGAGCUGCUCGGUGCAGGCGGGCACCGCGCCGGUGACCUUCACGUGGCUGCGGGACGGGCAGGAGCUGAGCUGGGGGCCCGUCCUGUCCCUGGGGACCGUGGAUCCGGCGCACGCCGGGACCUACCACUGCCUGGCCACCAACCGCCUCGGCACCCACCGCACCUUCCGGGCGUGCAGCCCGGCGCUGGCCCUCUCGGUGACGCAGCCGAAAUGGGGAUUGAGGCAGCAGAGCACAGCCAUCGCCACGGGGCUCAGCGUGUCCCUCCUGCUCCUGCUCGCCGCUGCCAUGGCCUGGCACCUCCAGCGCCGGCACCACACGGCCGCCAGGAAGAGCCGGGUCAGGGACCCCACUGCCUCCCCGGAGCCUGAGGGUCGCUGGCCGGAGCCCACAGCCCCCCCCGGGGCGCCGGGGGACGGGGAGGUGCUGUACGCACAAGUCACAGUCGCCGAACUGGGCGGAGGUAAGGGGGGGGGGGGGGGGGGGGGAUGGGACACGCCGCCCACGCGUGUCACCGCCGCCAGCACGGGUCCCCGAAUGGGUUUCUCUUUCAGGAAGUUCCCCGUCCCGGUCCCCCCGCUCCGCCCCCCCCCCGGAGUCACCCGUCACCUACGCGGUGCUGCCGGGUCCCCACGCGCGGCUGCGGCUGCCGAGCGACAUCUACGAGAACGUCCCGUGACAUCCGCGGGACGCUGGGGAUGCCACUGCACAGGGUGUCCAGCACUCCCCAUUCCCUCUCCCCUUGCUCCCCGCUCCUGGGGGGGAUGGAGGAGCUGUUUCCACGGUAUUAGCCUCAAAAUACAGGUUUUUUGGUUAAACAGGAAGAAAUGGUGGUUUUCCUCCCCGGGAGUACCUCCUCCACCCAGAAACGCGUGCCAGCAGCGACCAGGAGCCAGUGCCACUGUCCCCAGCCCCACGGUGUCCCUGGCCCCAUCCUCAUCAGACGGUGGCACUGUCCCUGGGGGGUCCCCGGGGGGUCCCUGUCCCCAGCAGACCGUGGCACUGUCCCUGUCGGGUGCCCAGCCCUGCUGGCAGUCGGUGCCAGCGUCCCCAUUCCCAGCUCUCCCCCCGUCCUUACAGAAACCCUCCUACCCCGUUUGCACAUGCUGCUGCUUUACGAGGCAGGGGGGGGUGCGCAUCAGAAGCGGGGGGCAGCACCCCCCAGUCCAGGGCAGCUUCAGCACUCCGCAGGCUCAGGGGGUCCGGGCACAGCGGGAGGCAGUUCAGGGCCAAACCCAGCCCUUUCCAGGAGGAAAAAGCUUCAUUUCUCCAUCACAGUCCCAGGAGGGGGGGGCUGAGGGGGGUAGGGGGGGUCCCCUCAGCUGCUGGGGACAGAGGGGGGGAUGA